AACGUUACAUGUGUAUUGGUUUUCCCCCCUCGUGGGUACCUCCCUUUUUGUGAAGAACGUUCCGCAUGAUAUGAUACCACAUCGUUUUUUGUGCGCCUUUUUCGCCGCCCUGGCCGCUUCCCCCCUGUGUGUAAGGGCUGCGCCCAAAUGACUCGAGCAGUGUUCGCCCUUGUGCUGGUUUAGCUCCCCUGGAAGUGAAAUCCUUCUACGUGUUGUGCUCUCCCCUUUUUGCACCCCGGAUGCCCUCGCCAACGCGUGGCUUAUUAGCGGCGCUCUCUGCGGAACGAAGUCGCACAAGCGCACCUCCCAUAGUGUUCCCCGCCGCCUAAGCGGCUACCCCGCGUGUGCUGCUACCCCGGGAGAAGCAUGGGGAACUCCCCGGACAGCAAGCCGAUAAGGGGGCGAGAUUUCCGCGGCUACCGCUACAUCGGAGAGCUAAAUGACGAAAGGGAACCAAACGGAAAGGGACUCAUUCUACACAACUCGGGCGAAGCAUUCUAUGGCUCCUUCUCAAACGGAAAGAAAAAUGGCAUAGGAAUAUACAUAAAUAACAAAUUAACAAAAUAUAUUUGCAACUGGGUUAAUGAUACAGUUGACGGGGAAUUGAAAGUCAAGCCCUUCCAUGCAGAGAAGGUCUUUUCCUUUUUCUAUUCCAAUGGGGUUAUUCACUCCUGCAGGGUUUAUCGGGGCGGCCCCAAAUCGGAGCGCGGUUUAGAUGAAGAGCAAAGCAGAGGAACUCCAAAAGGGGGGGGUGAACCCCAAAGUGUAAACAUACGCAACAAACUUGAUGGUGAAGGUGUCUCCUUCAUACCGGUGAGCCAACCGGGUUAUUUUUUUCCAGCUGGGAGGAUCCAUCAUGGAAGAACUGCUGGUCCUGGUAGUGACCACCGCGAAGAUGCCAUAGAAAGCUCGCACGACGAAGCCAACAUCCCAGCAGAUGAACUAAACAAAAAAAGAAUUGACGAACCGUUAAAGGGAGAUGACACCUGGAAGGACAUAUUCUACACGUCUUCCGAUUCGUGUAGUCAUCUUAUCGGUGCCCAUUUUAUAAAGAUGGGGGGAAAAAAAAAAUGCCACAGAGAUGCCCGUCUGGGUGGCACCACUCGAAAGGACCUAUCGAUUGUCACCCAUACGUUAGCAAAAAAGGAGGAAAGAAAAACAAAGCAUAUGAUCAAAAGAUUAACGAAACAGAAUAGCAACAGUCUUAGGAUAGACAAAUACGAGUCCUGGUCCAGGAGGGAAGUCGCUCAAUGGCUCUCUCUGUGCAAUACCCCCAUCAAAUGGAUCACUUCAUUUUACAGAAAUAACAUCACGGGGGAUAUGCUUGACCGGAUGAACAUAGAAAUUUUUAGGAACCAGCUGGGCAUACUCCCCUACGGACAUGCAAUAAAACUGCUGCAGUUAAUUAAAAACCUUCGAGUAAUGGCCUACAACAAGAGGUUCGCCCGCUGCGUCAACAUACAGGAGUGCGAGCAUUUCCUGAGGAGAAGGAAAAAAAAAAAAAAAAAAAUACGCACAAGGUGUGCCCCCAGAGGGAAGAAGAUGCACAGGUUUCACCCCCCGCCGAGUGAGAUUCAACCGAUCAAACAGAGCAAACAUAUUCAACAAAUUCAACCGAUUCAACCGAUUCAAUCGAUUCAAUCGAUUCAACCGAUUCAAUCGAUUCAACCGAUUCAAGGGAAGCUCCCCCUUGGGGAACCCCCCACCAGCAGGGCCCCCCCUGAAGAGGAGGCAGCCGUGCUCACCGAAAAAAUGCUGCGCAGUGGAGGUGCACUAUACCAAGAGGAGGACCCCGACUCGUGCACGUCGACCACGUCCUUCAAUUCGACCCACACUUUGAAGGAGGAGGAAGUAGGAGAAGAGGGCGCACAGGAGGGGCAUCAUCAGAAGCGGCAGAAAUGGCAGCAUGCGGAGGGAAGCAGCGCCCCGAACGAACCGCAGGAACCUCUAAGACCAAACGACCCGCAUAUAAACACCGAUAGGAAAAAGCGAAAAAAAAAAAAAAAAAAAAAAGAACAAUUCAUUCGCAGCUUCCACGAAAAAUUUUCGCUCAUAAACGAUUUUGCUCAUACAUUCAAUGGGGGUAGUUCCAGGGCCUAUUCCGGGGAAGGGGCAAACCGUGCCGCACCCGGUGACCCAAAGGAUGAGGCGUAUGGUUCCUGCUCCUUGUCUUCCUUUUCCAUUACAAGUACCUCUUCCCAAUCGAGUGGCCCCGACCUCUCGUCUGAAGACUCUGGAGAGUCCAACGGGACUAGCGUGCCAACUUGCGAAGAGAAGCCCAAAGGGGGGGAUAACUCCAUACGCGCAUCAUCAGCAGAGUUAGAAAUUUCCGCUGCCUCGACCUCCUCCUCUUCCGCGUCCGCUACCUUGGACACUUCCCCCCACGCGUCCACCUCCUCCGUGUCCUCCUCCUCCUACUGCUCGAACAGAACCGACGACGCCCCCUUUUACGGCCGCAGCCAAAUAAUCAAGUACCCCAGCAACAUCUACCUGAACAGCAACUUGGCCUUCUCCUACCUCUACAGCUUUAUAAUACCGCACGAAGAACUGACGUUCCUGCAUCUGAUUCGGAGCCAUUAUGAGAUUAGAACCUGUAGAGGCAAGCUCGCUAGGAAGAAACGGGGACAGGGGCUGUGGCAGAACCGGGGGCAAUGGCAGAGUCUUCCCCCGACGAACAGCGAGCCGAAAAAACCUAACCCCAUGAGGGGGGAUUUACAAAACGGCAUAGUUAUGAGGAGCAGAACCUUUAGGGGAAAGUACCUAGGCAAGGACGUAGCUAUUAAAGUGCUCGUAGGGAGAGUAAAAGACUUUUCCCAAAUUCACAAAAUUUUUUACAAACUACACCUAUUGAGACAUGGAAAUAUUGCUUUAAUGAUGGGGGUGUCUAUUCGCUACCCGUUCGUUUUUAUAAUUUAUGAGUUUUUAAAAAACGCCUGUUUAUUUUCCUAUCUUCAUUGUGCUGGUGGUUAUGCGAAGGACCUGUCGGGGAGGCAGCGUGAGGGUGGAGUGAGAACACCCCUUGGAAGUGCGAGCAGCAUCAGCAGGGGAGGGGGCAUAUCGGCUCACGGCUCCCCGGGCAACAGUUCCACCUGCGAUAGCUCCCCAGGGGGCACCUCCCCGAGCGACAACCCGACGUUCGAAUCCCACAGUGGAAGAAUCUCCACCCGCAUGAGGAACAAAUGUAAUUCAUUCGUAUUGGAAAAUGACCUGUUCUGUGGUGUGUGUGCAGAGGAAGGAGAGGAAGGAAAAGAAGCAGAGGAAGCAGAGCAGCAUGGCGGUGCUACCUCUGGGGAGAGCCCCCCAUUACCUGCAAACAAACUUAACGCAUCGGUGAAGAGCCCCCCCAAGGAAUGGAACACACACCAGGGCAAAUCAAAAGCACACAUCGAAAAAAUAAACAAAAAAAGGGGAAAGAAAAAAAAAAAAUUACACACCAAAUUAUUUUUACAAGACCAAAUUCAGCUGCACGAGCCGUACGCGUUUCCCCCGUUUGAGAAAGAACUCUCUUUGUAUGUAAAAAAACAAAAAAAAAAAAAAAAAAAAAAAAUUUUAUUUAGCUACCCUCAAACGCAGCUUCAUCUUAACCUCCCCGAGAGCCCCCUCAAAGAGGACAGACGACUAAGUGUCCAGCGGAUACUCAAAAUUACAACCGACGUCACCCUCGCGUGUUCCUACUUGGAAAAGCACCUGAGUCACCCCAUGAACCUCAAACCAACGAACAUCCUCCUGGACGAAGCGCUGAACGCAAAAAUCACCGACUUUGGAAUCUGCGAAAUUGAAAAGUGCCUCGACACGCAUGUGGACCACUCGUAUGUUGUUUACGCAAACGGGGUAACCACAUUCGAUGCUGCGUUAGCAGACAGGAAAGUACACAGGAUGGAGUUUUCUAGGAACGCCUUCAACGACGUUCCCUUAAGCGACGUUCCCCUAAGCGACGUUCUGCGUGUUUAUGAUGAUGAGGAUAAGCUGCACCUGUAUAGCACCGAACGAAUAGUUGCUUCACCGAGCAGUGCCUACCCCUCCGUUUCGUUCUGGACCCCUCCGGAGAUUUUGAGAGGCCAGAGGGAAAAGCCCUUUUACGCGGAUGUCUACGCGCUGGGAAUUGUGCUCUGGGAAAUGUUAACCCACAGUGUCCCUUUUAACUACCCGUUCAAGUCCCACCUGGUGGCCUCCGUCGGAUAUGCGAAUGAAGAAUUGACCUACGAUGACAUCCCAGAGCCUAUUCAAGGGCUGAUAAAAUCGUGUGUCCACAGGAACAUGUACAAAAGACCCACCUUUGGACACAUUCUGGCGGUGCUCUCCCGGCUGUAUGAAAAGGCAAAUACAAAAUGUGAGGAUGCUCUCAUGUCCUUUAUGGAUGGAACAUAG